AUGGUGCAGCAUCCUCUGCCUAGCACCCGAUUACGUUGCUUCCGCCGGAACCUCAUGCAUGCACUUGGUGAGCUCAAGGCCUCGAUCGUAAGAGGGGACAAACUUGUUAGCGAAGUGAAAAGUACGCUUCACUUCAUUCCUGCCGAUUUUAAACUCCUUCCUUUAAAAAAGACUGCAAAAGCAGAUAUCCACAUGCUACAAAAGGGUAUCAUAGAGUUUGCCAAUGAAUCCCCUAUUCAUGACGACAGCUAUUUUUGGCGAUCAGCUGCUAAGAACGGUGUAUGGUGUCAAGCUGGCUGUGGCAAAAUAGCAUCCAGCCACCCAGUCGGCCAGUUGGAGCCGCAUGAGUAUCGAUCGUCGGCUGCCGUAGCUCAUCCAUCGGCUGCAACAUUCAUCCUUUGA